AUGCCCAGGCCACAUCCGGAAGUUGCGCGUCCGGAAAGAACCAAUACUCCCAUUUCAACGCCAAAGACCGUGCCCCUGGAGCAGUACAUCCGCGCAGUGCUUCCUCCCGAUAUUCAUGACGAGCUACCAACUUGCUUCUUCCGGCCGUCAGCCACCUUUCCCACACCAACACUAAAGAAAGGCAUAACCAACCGCGUGAUUCUUUUCUCCGGCUCUUUCAAUCCCCCACAUAUUGGGCAUAAACUCCUACUCUGCCACGCCUUCUUCCGUAGCACAUACCCCAACGUCAUCGCCGCGAUCAUCACGCCGGCAAGCAAGUGCCUUGAUCCGUGGGUCUUGGUAAAUCCGUACGGGAUGCGAGUACAUCGUGCGAUUACGGAGGACUUGUUCGAGGCCGCAGCAAAGGACGGCUUCAAGAUCGAGUUCGUAGUCGUGGGCGGGCCGGAUUACCUGACCAAGGACCAUGGGUGCAGGUUCUGGGGGGCGGAAGUUUAUGAGGUAAUUGUGAGUGAUGUAUUCAGGCCCGCUUACUUCAUGGCGCCAGAUGGGUCGCUAGAGCCCCUGCGGUGGUGUCGGGCGUGGAAAAAUGCCCGCUCCGCCGAAGAACAUCUCAUGGAGCGCGUAACCCGGCGUGAGGUUUCAGCUAUAGUAGUGCUGCAUCUGCUGUAUCCGGAGCAAGGGCGUCGAGUAAAAGAGAAGCGUUUCCGAAACGUACAGGGCUGGGAGGAGGCAGCGAGACAGUGCCUCGAGGAAUGUUUGCAGCAGAGCGGCUCUUCUCGGAUCUGCCAGAAUAAGUACGACCCGGACCGGAGGCUGCAAUUCGUGCCGGUCCGCGACUUCCUCGACCCGUUUGGCGAAGUUGAGGUGAGCUCUACUGCCAUCCGGGAAGUGCUCAGGAACACGCCCCGAAAUGAAGUAACCAGCGCUCUUGGUGGCCGGGCACUAAACGAGCGGACUCUUGUCGAAAUCAUGGACGCUCGAGCUGCGAAGAAAGCCAGCCAGCACAGAGCCCGUGGCACGUGA